AUGCUCUUCAAAACUGUUCUCGGUCUCCUCUCGGCCGGUCUGGUUACCGCCCAUAUGGAGAUGAGCUGGCCGUACCCUCUGCGCAGCAAGUUCGAUCCGAACAACAACUACAGCGACAUUGACUACUCCAUGACGAGCCCACUCAAUGCUGAUGGCUCCAACUUCCCCUGCAAGGGAUACCAGAACAACACCCCCUGGCGCACCGUGACCACCUACCAGGCCGGUCAGACCUACAACAUGACGCUCGCCGGCUCGGCCACGCACGGCGGCGGCUCGUGCCAGCUGUCGCUCAGCUACGACAACGGCGAGAACUUCUACGUCAUCCAGUCGAUGGAGGGCGGCUGCCCGCUGACGACCAAGUACGACUUCCAGAUGCCCAGCGACGUCGCCAACGGCAAGGCGCUGUUCGCCUGGACCUGGUUCAACCUGCAGGGCAACCGUGAGAUGUACAUGAACUGCGCCGAUGUCGAGAUCACCGGCGGCAGCGGCACCACCGACUCGGUCGCCGCGUCCUACCCGAAGAUCAUGGUCGCCAACGUCGGCGCCGCCGGCAACAACUGCCAGACCGUCGAGAACCAGCAGGUCGUCUUCCGGCACCCGGGCAAGCAGGUCAUCUACGGCGCGGGUGUGACCAGCUCCUCGCCGGUCGCCCCGACUUGCCAGCAGGACUGA